CAUAUUAACUUACGUAUACUUUUUUUAUUAUCAAAGUUAAUUGAUAUUUCUUAUCAGAUCUUCACUCGUUCAAAUAUCUUUUUCAAACAUGGUAACUAAACUUGAGCAACCAAAAGGUGGUUUCAAUUUUGAUAAUUAUCAAAGAAAUGUCGCUCUCGAAAAAAAGGGUAUUACUUUCCCCAAAAUGACUAAAACUGGUACAACAAUUGUUGGACUGAUCUAUAAGGAUGGUAUCUGUCUUGGUGCUGAUACACGUGCAACUGCUGGUCCAAUAGUAGCGGAUAAGAACUGUGAAAAAAUUCAUUAUCUUGCUCCAAAUAUGUAUUGUUGUGGAGCUGGUACUGCCGCAGAUACUGAAUUUACUACCGCUUUAAUUAGUUCUCAAUUGGAAUUACAUAGAUUAACUACCGGGAGAGAAGCUCGUGUCGCCACUGCCUUAAUAAUGUUAAAACAAAUGCUUUUUAGAUAUCAAGGUCAUAUUGGUGCCGCUUUAGUACUUGGUGGUUAUGAUGUAACCGGUCCUAAUUUAUACACCAUACAUCCUCAUGGUAGUACGGAUAAAUUACCUUACGUUACUAUGGGUAGUGGUUCUCUAGCUGCUAUGGCUGUAUUUGAAAGUAAAUGGAGAAAAGAUUUGGAGCGUCAAGAAGCAAUUGAUCUUGUUAGGGAAGCCAUUGAAUCCGGUAUUUUCAAUGAUCUUGGUUCUGGAUCAAAUGUUGAUGUUACUGUAAUUGAAAAAGGUAAAAUAGAUGUAUAUAGAAAUUAUGCAAAACCUAAUGAACGUGGAGUAAAAGAACAAAGUUAUAAAUUUAAGCGUGGAACUACUGCAAUCCUCAAGGAAUCAAUCAGAGAUAUUGUUGCUAUUACAGAAGGUAUUGAAGAGAUGGAUAUUUCAUAGAAGGUGGUUUACAUUCUUUUAUGUUUAAUAAUGAUGUUUGUAAAAAAAUUGUAUCAAAUUCAGUAAGAUCAAUGAUAAUAAAUUAAAUAAAAAUAAUUUUAAAUUAUAGGA